AUAGGCCAACUGUUGACCAAGGAGAAGACCUGGCUUGGCAGCAGCGCAGGCGAUGAUAGCGAGUAUAACGAUGGUCUGUAAAUGAAAACAGAGGCAGUUAAGUUAGAGAAGCAGGCCACACGACAAGGACUUUCCCUCUCUGGCUCUUACGUAUUUGAACAUGUUGAAGAUUUGUGUCUUGUGUUGCUUGUAGGGUUAGCUGCAAACUAUGUAUGUGAUGUCCAACUACAGUUGCCAGCGAGUAUUUAUACCACAAAACACCAAAAUAGUCUUCAUCCAACUCCGUUAUCACUUCGCAUGGCCCACUCCGCAUGUUAUUUCCCAUUGUUUUAUGUAUAACGCGUCGUGGUAGCCACAAAUUUCAGAAAUGCAGACUUAAGGUCAACAUCGUAGUCGCCUUUUUGUAUAAAUAGCGCAGCAAAAACUAUUAAAUGCCAUCGAACAAGUUCAACUCAUCGAGCUGCAAGCAUAUCCCAAAUAACCAAAAUGUUCAAAUUCGCUGCUGUUAUCUUUGCCAUCAUCGCCUGCGCUGCUGCCAAGCCAGGUCUUCUCCUUGGCCAACAGUUGGCCUAUAGUGCUCCGAUUGUAGCUGCUGCACCCGCUGCAGUCGUUGCUGCUCCUGCUCCGUUUGUGACUGCCACCAGUAGCCAGGUGAUUGCCCGUAACUACAAUGGCAUCGCCCACGCUCCAGUGAUCGCUCCAGUUGCUGCUCCCGUGAUUGCCAAGUAUGCAGCUGUUCCAGUGGCAGCUCCUCUGAUCGCUUCGUAUGCUGCUGCUCCUUUGGCUAGUCCUCUGGCUUAUCAUGCUUCUCCUCUGACGUACACUUCACCGCUUCUGCUUUAAUAUUAUGUCAGAUCAUGCUGCACUUGAAUUCAUAUUGAAUUAAAAUUGAAAG